CGGGCGGGCUGUUAUAUACCAAGCCACGCUCACUCCUUCAACAUAUCGCGAGACUUCGGUUCUUCAAGGUUGUAGCCGCUAAUCUUCAGGAGCCGGGAUGGCGUCGGCUACCGGCCUUGUCCGGAGGCUUCGCAACUUUUUCUCAGGGAGAGACCUCCAAGCAAAACUGCAGCUGCGCUACACAGAGAUCUCCAAAAGGACACAGCCUCCUCCGCAUCUCCCUGUGGGGCCCAGCCACAAGUUGGCCGCCAAUUCCUACUGCGCUCGGGAUGGACGCAGAGAGACCUUCCCUCCGGUCAUCCUGGUCUCUCCACAGAAGGCUCUGCCAGCUGCCAGCCCGGAGUCUUCAGUUGCCACAGCAGAGAAGAAACCAGUCGUGCCAGGCUUUCAGCCUCGGAAAUGGGAUCUCUCGAAGGACGAACCCUAUUUGUGAUACAGGGCAGCACUCUAUCCCUAAAGCCUCUCUGCUAUGGAUUCAAUAAACCUGGCCCCUAACUUAAUUGAAA